CCGCUCGCUGUCAGUGCGAAUAGACUGGUGCCUUGUGACUGCGAGCAAUCGAUCAAGGCUUGGUUGAAUGGCUACAAGCUUUUUCUUACAGUAUUCGUCAUCUGAGGCAUAGACCUUGUUCUAUCUUGUCUUUUUCCAUGACCAAAAGUCAUUCAUUCCAACCAUGUGGUCUCUACAGAACUAAGAACCAGACAAUCAACAACAUGACCACAAUCAUGGACUCACCAGGAUCACUGCCAGGCUCAUUGUUCUCCAACGACACAUUUCGCUGCUCACACUUCAACUCAUCGCUCUUCGUCCCACCGACAAAUGACAGCACUUCAUCUCCCCUCGUUCCAUCGCGUACAUUAUCACGAAAACGACCACGACUAGAUCGACACCGCCGUACAAAUACAAGCACAAGCGAGACACAAACACCGUCUUGUCGCGACGCACUCAGUCCACCUCCGUUCGUGAACACAAAUUACCGUAUCGCAGGCGGACUCGAUACACCUACCGCACUUAAUUUUCAGAAAGAGGAAGAUGCACAACAAUAUGAUUUCGAAGUCGAUUGUCGGCCGAACCGGUAUGCUCAACAACAAAACACAACCUCAUACUUUCCCACGGACUUUCCAUACACUCCAUCUGAAGAACACACACAUAGCAAGCGCAGAUCAUCAAGGUCACCACAGGACAAAGGAUGGGGCAAGACCGUCUGGGCACUAACGGGCGGUGUCGCGGGUAAAGUCUUUAAUUUCUGCUGGAACACCACUUUCAAGGGCUUCUCCGCGGGUGGAGGAAAUAGGUACCAGUUCGCAGGCACGCCUGAUAUCACAAAGUCGUCAGGUGUGUGGACCGAAAAUGAGAAAGAGGAUGUCUUUCACGAUGACUACCAGCAUGCUGGCCAUCGUCCUCGACGACAUCAGAGAGAUCACACUCCUAUCCCCGGUGGAUUUCCGGAGGACGAAGCACGAAGACCUGGACAGAUUCGAACCACGUCAGAUUGGGUCAUUGUCGAUGCGGAAUCCGACAGAGACAGAGACAGCGACGCAAGUCCCGUGCGCAAACGAUCCAAAGCCACGACUGCGUCUCUGCACAUGUCUCGAAGUUCGAUGGCAUUGGGGACAUCGACGGCGCGACCACGUCUCACACCACGCUCGGCGUCCAAUAGGUCGUCUGCAAGUUAUGCGUCCCCACGAUCAUCCUCGGCCGCAAUUCCCGUUGUCGCUCCAGUGUCGAAGUUGGAGAGUGCGAGUGUGAAGCAACAUCGACGGGCGGUAUCGUCCUUCCAUCACCAACAGCAACAGCAAGAGGGAAGACCGGGAAGUAGAGCGUCUUUGGCCUCGCCGCGUCGACAGUCUUCGGUCCCGGCGUCGCCGGAAGUAAGAAAAUUCGAGCAGAAGUUGCGCAAGAAGGAGGCCAAGCAGGAUCAGACGAUGAAUCGAUUCAAUGCGCAGUUGCAGGCUAUGAUUCGGGAGGGGCAGGAGGCACUGGGUGCUAGAAUCGAGGUCGUUGAUGAUGGAGACGGUACAGAUACAGAUACAGAAGUGGAUGAGGGGUAUGAGGAAGGGUUUGCGGUAGAGAAGGGACAGGAGAACUAUUUCGGGUCGAAACGUCUGUGAGGGCGUGUAUCCCUGAGUGUCGGUCACGGUGCGCUGGAAGACAUGAGAGACCUGAUGCAGAUUUGGUGAAGAUGUUCACUUCAUGUCAUCUCAUAUGAUUGUCACGGACCGUCAUAGGUCUUGGUGCGAAGAUGGCUGGAGUUUUUGAGGGCUAGAUUCGGCUACUCUGUGGAAGGUAGACAACUUUUCUCUUCUUGUUUAUCGAAAGCUACGGCUUCGGAUGGUAAGGAACAGCAAAAUUCAUGAUUGUGUUGGUACGUCCUAUGUUCAU